AUGACAGAAAAGCCGCAACCGCCGCAUCAGCAGUCCUCGACGCAGAUCGCGAUUCCUAGUCAGACCCUUUCUGCGCCUACCGUCACCGCUUCUCAGCCCGACGCUUCGCGCAAGACCGACGCCCCGACGGAUGAAGAGCCAUACACGAUUAAGUGCAUCUGCAACUUCUCUGAUGAUGAUGGAAACACGAUUUAUUGCGAGACUUGCGAUACGUGGCAGCACAUUGAAUGUUUUUACCCCGACUGUCGUGAGGAGGCACUCCGCGAAGACUUUGCACACUCUUGUGCUGAGUGCAAGCCCCGUCACUUGGAUAUACAGAAGGCCAUCGAACGCACCAAACGGCUCAGGGAUGCUGCUGCUGCCCCCGAAGAAGCCCCGGACAAGAAGUCCAAGAGGCCCCCCUCCAAAAACAGCCAUAAGAAAAAGCCCAAGCCGACCGACCUGCACCUGAAUGGUCACGCUGGCCACCAGGAAAAUAACAAACAAGGAAACACUUCUGAUCAUCUUCACCCAACAAAGAAGUCCAAGUCCUCCCACCGACCAUCACACUCAACAAGCUCCCUGGCGAACAAACGAAGUCCGUCUCAUGGCAACAGCCGAGCACACGGUCACCCUCCAAGUCCCGCAUUCACGCCUCCUGAACUCCCGAAUGAUUUUGAAAUCCAUGGGUAUUCGGCGAGGUUUUUAACUCUCUACGGCAACGAACCAGAUCCAGAUCCCCGUAAGACUCCGAGCAAUUCCUUCUCUAGUUUGGCCACAUCGAAUGCCAUGUCCCUAUGGCUUCGCGAUCCCGAAAGGAUGAAGCAAGAGACCGGGCACUCGUUUAGCGAUGUCUUUCAGGAAUUGCCUGCAGACAUCGAUACACGCAAGCGGGAACUGGUUGUCCAGGAGAAGCUGCUUUCGCCGACACCGAACGUCCUCAUCCGCUGGAAAUACCUUGCAACGCCAGUCGCAAUCGAAAAGGAUGUGCCGCUGAUGGAGCUACAUGGCCAGAUUGGCUUCCAAAAAGACUACUGCGCCGACCCCGAAAGCAUGUGGGAAGAACUAUCGACUCCGUUGCCGUUCGUUUUCUUCCACCCGAUGUUACCAUUGUGCAUCGAUACUAGGAACGAAAAGUCGCCAGGGCGGUACGUACGUCGGAGUUGCAAGCCCAACGCCGUCUUAGAUACAUACCUCUCGAACACGUCAGAGUAUCACUUCUGGCUCGUGAGCGAUCGGUACAUUGGUGCGAACGAGCAGAUUACGCUGCCGUGGGAUUUCCGAUUACCCAAUACGCAAAAAGCUCGAAUGUUGCAUCUGAUUGGCUUAAGCGAUGACGAAGUAAUCAAUCGAGACGAGCCGGAUAUGGACGAGGUAGAGUACCAGCGGAUAUCAGCGUGGCUUCACCGUGUGCUUUCCGAGUCGGGCGGGUGUGCCUGCGACCUUGGCAGCAACUGUGCCUUUGCGCGGUUCCAUCGGCAAUAUCAAGGAAGGACGCAGCAUCGACCCCAGGCUACGAAGAAGAAGGCGCGCAAACCGAAAGUGCAGACCAUCUCCCCAACAAGCACAGGCUAUGCCUCCAACAGCCGUGCCGCCAGCGAGAGCCACGUUGACGAAAUGGACCACGACGCCCGGUCGGCAUCUGAGAGAAGUAAACCGCCCAGUCGGGACAGGACGCCUUUCCGGCAAGGGUCACUGGAUCAGCCCGAGAUUCUUACCGAACCGACCGACAGGGAUAAACGAAAGGUGCAAAUGGUCGAGGAUUCAUUCCGCCGCAUGGAACAACACCCUCGCAAGAAGAAGCGCGUCUCUGACGGACCUAAUCCAAAAUCCAAAUCGAAAAGCACGGCCACUGGCGCGGGGUCGGGCUCCAACGGACCGAGCCGAUAUGUGGAUGCGGGAACUUCCAGAGAAAAAUGGGGAUCACCAACAAGCUCGCAUUCGGCACACGGGCGGGAUGCCUUCGAACCUUCUACUUCUGGGUCUAGAUCUGUUGCGUCGCAGUCCCGCCCCGCAUCAACUGCACCGCGACCGCAAUACUGUGAUGCUUCCGUCCAGACGGACCCUGUUGUGGGGGAAUGGUUCAGUAUCUCACUUCAGGCGCCGAAACCCCGUCGAAGAGUCAUCUCCCUGUCGCAGCGUCUCCUCAACAACCGUCAUCGUCUUCAAUACGACGAGGAAGAAAGGCGGAGGCGACAUGUUUCCAUGGUCGCCCAACCUUCGUCAGCAGACACCAUGGAUCUCGACGACUCAGGUGAGAGACAGCAGCCAGGAGCGAACGUCCCCGCUCCAGAGAAAGAACCCAAACCUCCGGAGUCUCUAGCGAAUUCCGAGUCGCGCGAUGUUGCGAUGACGGACUCGCCUUCUCUGUCACCAACGGUGUCAUCAACAUGGUCAAAGCCUCCUGUUUCAGACGCUGCACCAGUUGUGAAUGGCGCCAGCAGUCCCGAGGAGGCCAAGGCACCCCAUUUACGCGUGCAGAUGCCCGUCCUCCCCACGCUGAGGACGUCGACAUGGACGGAUACAGAUGUCACCCCGCCGCAGCCCGCACCGGCAUCCCUAAUCCCGUCGCCACUCUCUUCGAACAGUCUUUCUAGUCCGUUUGUUCCGGCUGCUGUCAAUGGCAUUGCGCAACCGAGUCCAGUCAAGAAGAAGCUCAGUCUAAGCGAUUACACCAAGAGCCGGAUGAACAAGGCUGCG